AUGGACUGGGGAUGUUUUCAACCGCAAAAACCUCAGGCCCCGCCGAGAUUGGAGCCCUAUAUUCAACCGGUAAAUGGAAUCGUUCAACCUCCUGUGAUUCCCCCUCCCAAUCGACCGGGAAGAAGGACAAAUGUCCUGGAUAGUUUGAAGAGUGCAUUGGGUGUCAUUUGGAAGAGUCGCUUGUCGUACUACUUUCGCUACCCUGUAGACGCCGUUCGAUUGGGCAUACCCGACUAUCACAAGGUCAUCAAAUAUCCAAUGGAUCUUUCGACAAUCCGCAAGAGAUUACAGAACAAUUAUUAUUGGCAGGCGGAUGAGGCAAUGGAGGAUUUCGAGCUGAUUAUCGAUAACUGUCUGGAGUACAACGAGGAGGGAACAGAGGUGCAUUCGGCGGGCUUGGAGUUGAGGGAGGCAUUUCACCAGAGAUUGGAUUUUAUCGAUAUGAGCAAUGAGGUGGAGAUAAUACCACAGACGGGAUCAAGAAAAAGAAAGGCCGAGACUUUUAGUCAACCCAUGAUAAAUUCGCCCGAUGACGAGUGUUCCACUUACACUAGACAACAAAAGCCCAACCUCGACUAUAUCGAGUAUAAAGAGGAGGCGAUUUCAAACCGAAUCAGAUUCUGA